AUGCCUGGUUACAAAAGAACACAAUGCACCGAAAAGUCUUCCUCGCCUUGUUAUCAUUCCUAUAGCAGACUACGUAACAGAGAGCAGAAGCCGUUUGAACUGGACUCUGCGUCAUAUAUUUUAUUUAAACGCGCAGGUACUUCAAAGCUAGAUUCUUUCACGCAAAAUGUUUCGUGGGUUUCAUUUUUUUUAAAAGGAAUGUCAACAAUAUGGGAGGUCUAACAUAUUUCCUCAUCGCCCAAUGUAUAUUUUGACUUUUGACUUUACCAUCGUCGGAGUUCGACAUACGGCUGAAUUUCCGCUUGGGACUGUUCAGGCAGUGAAUGCUUCCAAUAUUCCUUUUUCCUUGUGACAAAUUCCUUCUCACAUCCAAGCGUUUUGCAAUUGGUGUUUCCUUUCCCUAGUCACGAAAGCUCUCACCAUGAGACCGAUUAGCACUUCCGAUGCCUGGCAUCCCAAUAGGAAGUCAAAUAGAAACAGCCUUGAUUGGCGCUAAAAAUAUUAACAACACGAGAUGUUUCGAGAAUCAUCUAGUAACAAAGAUCUGCUCACUACGCAUCAACACCUCUUCUCACAAAGAAGUCUCCACCUCUCACGUUACUAUCUGUUGAAUGUUACACGAGCUCUUCUAUCCGCUUGGUGCCAUCGUCACGUCGAUAGUAGCGUGAUAAUCGAUGUCCACCUGUCGAGGGGGCAGCUACGUCACCUUAUCUGUUGGUCAGAAUUAGCAUCCGCUGGAAUUUCGCGCCCUCAAUAAGUGUUUUGGCGCCCUCGCGAGUAUGUUUUAACUGUGGCGCGGAGCGUACUACUAAAAAAACUGUUGGUUUGAACUUGUAAACAAAGCCCAAUCCUACUGAAAAGGGCUGACAAGUGGUGUUACGUUCACCAUGCCUUAUAAAAUUCAUCCAUCUCGACGAACAUGGACACUGGAAGAAACAAAAAUUCCACAAAGAGCAUGGACGUUAGAAGAAACGCAAAUACCGCACAGGCCCAACUCGGCGCGCCGUGCACCGCCAAGGAGGGACAUCCGAGGCGCUGUGAUAGUAAACCCAUCUUUUCAACGAUCUAACGAACCAGUUCUCGAAGAGAAUAUGGAACCGCAGAUGAUGGAGGCUCCCAUGCCCAGAGCACCUUCCGGCCAUCACCGAGUCGCUAUAAAGAGAGAGAAUAUAAACUUGGUACGGGAGUGUGAAUGGGAUGUAAAAAGCCUUAAGGAUGAUAAUGAUGGCAGGAUAAAAACAACCCUCAGCAAACCUCUAACUCUUAUCUUGGGUUUUGUGUGCUUGACUUCGCUUGCUUCUCUUCUUCUUACCCUACUAGUUGUUUUUGGGUCUGUUGGGACAGGAAAUUGCCCGUGUGCAAGAAACAAAGGUAAGAAUCACGAAUGCUCAAUACUGAGUAGACACAACCCAAAAACCAAAUCACCGGCCACAGCUAAAAUUGAAAGAUUAUCAGAAACCUAGGGGCGUUCAUAUUCUACCCCGGUUUUUUUUUGUUUUUGUUUUUGUUUUUUUUCUUAUUUGGCUUAAUUAAGGUAUUGCCCUUUUUUCAGUUAUAAUAGUAAGUUGCCGUUAAACAUGCAGUUAAAGAAGAACUCGAUGUCGUAGUAAUUAUAAGGAUUUAGCAUCAGGAACUGUUUAACUGUCUGAUUAACGUAACUGGAAUAACAUGGCUGUGUCUGCACUGAGAGGCGGGCACACCCACCGACGCACCCAAACCGAAACCUCCAAACUCAACUGAGCUUAAAAGAUGUUUAUUUUAGUUAAUACCUGACAGCUUUACCUGGCUGCCUGUUGAAUGUUAACUAUAUAAUGUUCUGAAUUGGUUUAUUAAAGUAAGUCAUUAGCGGAAAUUGAAGAGCCGGACGGCUAAAACAGAAGUUGUUAGACAGCGUGUCUCUUUCGUGUCUUAUGGUUCAAGCUGAAGUGCAAAGGAACCAAGCCUAAUUAGAUCGUUUUAGGAUCAGCGUUUAUUAACCUUUAUUUCCCCAGAUAAUAAGUGAAGGAAAAACUGCAACCUUUUAUUUAUAAAAUAACAAAAAAAUAAGGAACAUGAUGUCCAAGAUGCCUUAUUUGAAUGGCCCCACCGUAGGGUUUACCCUCGGUCUUAAAAAAUUAGCACUAGUAAUUAUUAUAUUAUUGUCUCAUCUCGGAUCUAGAUCUCAGGGAAUUAAAAGGGUAAAGAUUAAAAGGACACGAACUAAGGUUUCGUGAAUUUUGCGUGUUAACCUUUGUGAUCUUACAGUUCUGGACAGCAAGGAAACUAGUUCCUGUAAAAUGAAACACUAGGAUAUUGUCACUUCAAGGCACAUGAAUCAAAGCAUUGUCCGGAAACGGGAUUUCUUCCAAGGCUUACCGAGAUCAGCAACGGCCCAUUGGCUUUUCAAGAAUUGGCGAAAUAUUUCCGAAAAUGACUCACACAUUUCCCAUGAUAAAGUCAAAGGGCCUUAAACUUCAAACCACAAAUAUCUCAUCAGGUUUAAGUACGAGUCUGUCUGUCUUUCGCAUGCCUUCCAACUUUAAGGUUUAUCUUACUAAAGCCGGUCAUUAUCGACAGUUUGACUGCUCUUUUUUGGCGGCAAAACAUUAUCAGAUAUCUUAAGACUGUAUCAAGAGAGAUAUUUGUUUCUCUCGUUUUUUUAAUGUACAAGAUCCUGGAGAAAAACACCCUGCAACUUUUUUUUUUAUUUGUUUUUGUUUGUGUGUUUAUUUUCAUUCCUUCAAUGCGGGCUGAUUACCUUCGGAAAUCACGUUUUUGAUCACAUGAAAUCGAAACUGAAACGGACGUAUCUUUUUCAAGUUUCGGCUGGACAUUUCGGCCUAAGGGAAAAUUCCGUCGGAGUUCUCAUAUUUGUCCUAGCGUGUUCUCUACCUAAUCAAAGUAUUUUUUGACAUUUUGAUCAUAUCUUGCUCACUUGAAUUACGUUGACCUCCUAUCAUUAUAGUACUACUUUGUGCCGGAUGUUUUAUAGGGAUGUUUAAUCUUGAAGUCGAAGGCCAGCUGAGAGGGGGUCCUAAAAUGUAAACAGUUUUAACGUUUUAAUUUGCGAGGGCAAUCCUAAACAGAAGUAGUCAUCUGAAGACUGAUUGGUUAUCUUUCCUGAGUGCUAAAAGUGCAUUUUACUGAAUUUGAGCGAUUGAAAUAAUCCGACUACCUACAAUGUCUACACAACACCUACACUGGUCUUUGAAGGGAAGAGUUGUAUUUCAAAUAAAUCAAUUAGAUCAGUGUCGUUUCUUCCGAUUCUUUGUCGGCGAGGUUGUAUUAAGAUUGCCGGUUUAACUCGAUAAAAUUAUUGACCUUCUGAGGAGCCUUGAAUUCUUAAGCUUUAUGUGACCGCCCCUUUUUUUACCUUUCCGUUACUAAAGACAAUCUUUUUUGGUAGUAAAAGGUUCUGGUUUUAGUCCUAUAUCAUUUCACCAGAACCGAUAUGUUUUUGCAGUAGAAAGGGGUUAACUUACACCAACAUCGAUUGACUAUUAAAUUGCCAUUAAUUCCAGAUGCCUGCCCAUAAUUAAGUGACUUACAGCGAUCUCAGUAGAUGAUCAGCAGUGCGACAAAAAAAUAAUCAUGAACUUCUGAAACUGGCAAUAAGUUAACUUUGAACAGGUUGUUUUUGUAGUAAAAGUCUCUCAAAAACAGUUCUCUGGAAAAGGGGUAGAACAUGCAAAAUUGCUUGACUGGCAACGACUCUGUUGAUUGGUUUAUUUAUUUACCCUUUUAUCUUGUUUAUAACGGAUAUAGGGAUGCCACCUCGUAGUUGAUAAAAUACCGGAAUGCGGCAUUUAACUCUAUCUAUCACUUUAGCCCGGAUGCACACAAAAAACAUCUUGAGAAGAUCACGCGAUGUUGUGCCUCGGGCGAUGUAUUCCCAGUUGGUUGACGCAUUUCUGUGGCGAGUCCCGAUUAAGUAUCACUGGAGUAAAUACCCCAUUAAAUAAUUUAGUAAUUGCACAUACCUAGAACAAAAUUGCAGUUGAAAUUCUCUUUAUUGGGCAUCCUUGACGAGAAAAAAUGUGUUAGCAGGGAGCAUGAAUGAUCCUCGAAAGGCGGCUCCUAGCGAAGGGUUUUCAUCAAAAAGGCUGCCAAUAGUCCUAGAAUAGUUGUCUGCCUAUAGGGGUGUCGUUUAACCGUGCGUUGACUGUAUGUAUAUAGAUUUAGCAUUAUGCUUUUAAAAGCUUGUCAAAAAAUUAACGUGAACGGACAUCACUUAUGAAAGGUUUUUAUUAAAAGGAAAUCGUAAAGUGGUUACUCAGUAUCCACAACGCAGCAACGUUGAAAACCAUGCAAAACCGCUUCCUGAAUUUUCUAUCUUAAGCCAUACAUUUCUACUUUUUUUAUGCAUGUUCCCUUAAUCAAAAAUAUCAAAUCUCGAGUCUUCACGUAAACAGUCAAUGUUAAGUAAAACAUUUCGAUUGGUCUUGUUGGCAUACGGACAUAUGGACCGAGCUCUAUUCGUGUACUCCCCGGCGCUUGAUGAAGGCGUCUGUUUCAACUGAACCGAAAUCAAUUGCGCAAAGAACAAUUGUGAAAAUAUUCCGUUUUCACAUCAAUUUUUUUUUAUCUCAUUUUAUAUUAAAGGGUACCCUGAGUAACGGACAAUUCCCUAAAACGGAACCCUUGAUCUGUGUGCUUAUAGAUGUUCAUACUGUUUACCUGACGCAGCAGAUAUCAGUUCCGUGCUUCUCACAGCUUUUGUUUUGUCUUUUCUUAUGUCGGUAAAGAAGAAACUCCACAGCUAAAGCUUUUUAUUUUAUCUAACCCAUAAUGAUGCUUGAUUGUUCAAGCAUUGUACUGAUUUUCUCUUUGCAUUUAAAGUUGCUGGAAGCACCGGUGCAAUGAAAUCUGUUGAUGAAGAAAGAACUGUGGAUGUAUCAGGGAACUUAACCUCGUUGGACAAAAAACUGGUAAGUUAAUUUUCUUUCAGUACCCGUAUAUGCUUACGGUAGGAAUCAAAACAGUUGUUUUAAAGAAACAUUUGUAUCGUCAUUCACUUCCUACUGGAGAGAGCGGCCGACCCAAGAGGCACUGAACCGGUUCCACCCUCGAUUCAACGAGGUUUUACUGCGCGCUCUCAACCAGUAAAACAGCUGCUCCUUGUCUCGUUCCCCGUCCUUUUUUUCACCAACUUGUUGUUUUCUACUUUUAAUGAACUUUAUCCAAAUUAUUUCAGACACCAUGCACUUGGAAUGAACAUUAAGGUUGACGAUAUGAAAAGUAAUACUCAGUCGACUGUUGUUUCAUUUUUACCGCAUUUAGCCGAGUCUUUCACUUCGGUGUUGACAGUAAGUUCCGCGUUACUGCUUCGGAUAACCCUACAUUCGAUUCUAUGCUUUGCAGGCUUUCUACAAUUAGUAUUUUUAUGCUCCAAAAGUAUACCUUGGCAGGAUUAUAAGCUUCUGUAUCUGGCCACUUGAUCUUUGGAACCCAUGGAAAUACGGGGCAAAGAGGGGUGGAGGGUGGAGGGGGGGGGGGAGAGGGGAGAGUCAAUAGCCUCAGCUGCUCCAGGCUCUCAGCUAGUUUGAACUGUACGUACAGAACCUUUAAACACGUUAGGAUAUGCACUACGAGUAGUCCCUUAUUGUCCUCAGCGAUAGCAAAACCAGCGAAAUACGCGAAUGCGCGUGAAAAGCGGCACCCGCGGAAGGUGACACGCCUUCUAUACUAAAACGAGGGACUGCUUUUAAUCGACUUUUAAUAUGGUCGGUUGCGAUAGUUGUGCUAGAGGUUGGAGAAAGUAUAAUGACACAACAUGAUUAACUGCAGCAAUACUUUUAACUUUAUUGUUCGUCUGAAAAGCCGUCAUUGCCCAUUGCAACCCUAACUCAGGGUCCUCAGUCUCGAUCAAUAAUUCAUAUUGGCGUCCUCUCUAUCAUUUAACAGGAAGGAAAAAUACUUGAGGUAGAACAACGCUACGACUUUAAAGUCAAAGAGGUGAGAGUAGAGUGGACGCUAAGUUAAUUAGAGAAGAAACACCUUCAGUAAGUUUUCAUAUUUUGAAAUUAGGUAUUCAGGAUAACAACUCAUUUUUUUUCUUUAAAAAAAACUAUGAAGAAUAUGUUGCCUUUGCUCUGACACUUGCUAAUGGUAAGGCAUUAUAGUCUUCUCGGAUAAGGCAAAACAUAGGCCCCAUCUCAGAGCUGUUUCAGUGUUUUCAUUCUUGUCGGACAUAAAGAUCCCACACUGCUGCUGUUCGACCUGUUCGUAAAGAGUAGGCAACCCAGACCCCGGUGGUGUGAACAACCUAUCAGCUUGGGCUGGGUGCGUAAUGAAGGGGUAAAAGGCGAGCAAAUCCUGCUUCAUUGUUUGAUUGUGUUGAUUCACCUUGACGAAUUUCAAUAAAUAAAUAAGUAAACUAAGCCAUCAAACUGAUUGACGUUUUGCUUUUAACGAUUAUUUUGACAGCUCCUUGACAAACUUAGUGAAUUGCGGCUUACAAUUCAGCAACAAAAGAUCAACGCAGAGAAGAAAGAACUUUCUCAGGUAAGGCACUGUAGGUCUUCAUUACCCAAAAGAGGAUCGAUCGGUUUCAGGCUUCCCCUACCGGCACUAGGGUAGGGCGAGCUGGCCUGAGGACGGACAGAAGCUUUACAUUACUCUUUUAAUAAUAUGCAGCGUUUCUGUAAAGGUCAGGGUACGGUUUUGUCAGUAUUAAAAGUCCAUGCCCCGGUUGCAAUUGUUCAAACGUUUGAUAGCUCCAUCUACGGGAAAAAUCACUAUCCACUGGAUAGAGAAUUAUCUAGCGCUGUCCACGUUUUGGACAACUUGAGCCAGAACGAUAAGCUUUUAAUUAUCAAAUACUUUAGCACAUCAAAGUUAUGAUUUUCUUUUCAAUAGGAUCAACAAGAAAAAAAUCUGACAGAACGCCUAGCAUCAACGCGACUUGAACUGGAGUCACUCAAGGCUCAACUCUCUUGGGAUGUCACUAGGCUAUGGAAUACAACAAACUCUACAAGAACACAACUAAACCACUUGGAAGGCGUCUGGAUCAUAGUAAAUGCUUCAUCUGCAAGGAUUUCUAAUUUGACUAAAAAGGUAAUCCUUGGGGGGAAAUAGAUAUUAAAUAAAACGAAGAAAAUAAAGUUGUGCCGGUCAUAUGUUUCAUAGACAAGUACUCCAAGAAGGGUGCGUCCAGCCGAUCACAGACCUUAAGCCUCACCAACACUUUUUUUGAUCUUGCUUAAUGGGGCGUUUUAGCUCACAGCUACUAGGUUUUAUUUCCUUUGUCUUCUUUCAUUCCAUUAAAAAGGUUAAAUAUCAAUAACCCUAACGUUGUCGAUGACAUAAAGAAAUAGGACGCCAUUUGACCCUUCAUCAUUCGUUCUCCUUCUCAUGAUAAUAUUUUUAUUUUUUCCUAGACUGAUGAUGGGUUUGAACGCCUUUCGCGAAAUAUGAAUGCUUCUAAUGAAACCUUAGAUGAACUGCUGCUGUCUCUACAAGCUUUAAAAUUGCAGGUAAAUGGAACUACUCAAAAAGCCAACGCACGGAUAAACUUAACGUUCAAUUUUUUAGACCAAAAUAACCACAAAUCUAAGCAUUAGCUCAGGGUUGAUCUAUUUUGAAGCCGUUCAAAAAACGAGCAGGAAUUAUUAGGUGUAACAACUUUCGGCUUCGCUUCGAGUUUUUAAACCUGAUAAUACACUCCUGCUCGUUUUUUAAACAGUACUUCAAGAACGAGUCAUUGCUUCGAGUCUUGCUUGAUAGUAUUUGAGAAUGAAUUCCGGACUCUAGUUGCCCUUCCCCUUAAACUUUCCUCAUUGGCUUGCUUUAGUCAUUAACACGAUUGAAAUGCACCUAACUUUAUUUCUUCUUCAACAAUAGAUCAUCUUUCAGUUUACAUCCAUUAUUUGCAGAUUAAAAACGAAUCAGAGACGGUGUGGUUCAGGUUUAAUCAAUCGACGAAAAGUUUCGUUACCUUGAAGUCAUCUCUGGAGUCACUAAAAGAAAACGUGAGUAUAUAUUUUAAACAGUUUAAAAGGACUCGUAAAAUCUUCUGCCACUUUUUAAACAUAAUCAUGAUACCAUUUCCUUCUACACUGCGUCUUUAGGUGUCCUAUCGUUCUCAAAAACUCGAAAGCAGAAUCAAGAUGGAAGAACAGAAAUCAAACGACACAAGUUAUUUGACGGUAAAUAUAAACAGCUAUUAAAUAAUAUGUUUUUAUAACGGGUUGGAAAAAGUUUAACGUUUUAGUCUGAUUGCAUCAGGAGUUAUUGUAUUAUUAUUAUUAUUAUUAUUAUUAUUAUUAUUAUUAUUAUUAUUAUUAUUAUUAUUAUUAUUAUUAUUAUUAUCAUUAUAGUAUUUCUAUGAAUUUUCCACCGACCAGAGCAUUUCUGUAUUUGCAAUCAGCUGUGCAAUACUUUUGAUACAGUACUAGUAUGAAUCAUGGCACUUUCUUGUCAUGGCAAAUUGUGCCUAAUAUCCAGUGUAACUGUUUGCUUUCCUUCGCAUUUUUCCUUUCUCGAUCCUUUCACAAUAUCCGCUCCUAAUAUUUCUCGAAAAUUCUAAUGUCUCUGUCACCAGCAACAACACCACACAAAGUUACAAAACCUCAAGGAGAUGUUGAACUCUACACGACAGGCAACAAAAGAAGCGUCUUUGAGACAUUUGACAGCGCUGUGGUCUGUUGGGAAUAAUACAAAGAAAGAACUCUACAAGGUCUGGAUUGCGGUGAACAAGUCACAAACAGAACUUGAAGAAAAACUGCUUAAAACAAAACACAACUUCACGGAAGAGGUGAUUUUAUACUAUUUAUUUUAAAAUGUUGCAUGCAUGGCUUGUGUUAGGCGAAACCGUUUCGUAAGUCAUUUUUCUGCGUUUGACCUAUAAGCCAUUUUCGGGUUAUCUCAAGCCACUAUUUCAAAGCGAGGCUAAAAGCGAAGCCCAUUGAUAUGAAAAUCCUGGAUUUUUUAACUCUCACAGAAAUAAUACUCAUUCUCGCAAGAAGGGAUUCCAUGCGCUCAAGCCUCGAUCGUUUGUGCGGUAGAAAUUUGUGUGUUUUUGUUAGUGUCAUCAGCGAGAGAGUUAUUGAUACAAAUAUUAGCACUAUUUUUGGUCCACCAUUUAUUUUGUUUUCCUGAUUUCUCCUACAUUUUCUGCAGUUACGCCAAGCAAAAGCUGUUCUUGAGUCAUCUGAUGCUACAUUAUUUGCCUCACUAACCAAUGUAAAUGCAAGUCUUGCAGAAAAGGUGAGAAUUGACCCUGGAUACGUUACUCAUUUUGAGUACGUGUAAAAAAAAUAACACAAGACCAGUCAAAGUUUUUAUGCGAUGAUAAUUAUGUUUACUAUGGCUGUUACAAUGGUAAAGAAAAAAACCCUAACAAUCAGAGUUUUUAGAUAUAUUAUUCUGUAAUUAACGCGUCCUUUUGUAACUGAUCUUGAGAAUUAUAAAUGCCCCAUGAAUAAAUGGAACGUUUUUUUCCUUAGUCUGCUACACAGCCGUUUUUAGUUUCGUUACGCAAUUGACGACCCUUAAAACGGCUGUGUAGCAGACUAUGGCUCCCUCAGCACCGUCGGAAACAAUGAAGACUAAUCUGAACUUGAAAGCUUUCUUGAUUCAUUAUCUACAGAUAAAAAACGCGAGCAAAAUGGCAGGUCCAAUUGGACCUCCAGGUUUUAAUGGAAGUCGAGGACCCCCGGGUCAAGCGGGAUCCAGGGGUGAACAAGGUCCUAAAGGAGCUGGAGACUUCAGCGCAUGCCAUUAUAAACGCGAUCAAGAGACUAAAACUGAAGGUUCAGACCAGAUAGUUGUGGCCAUUGCUGAGUCUAACGUAAGUAUUAUCCAUAAGGUUAUUUUUGAAUAGGACAUUUUGCAUGCAUGCAUCCGCAGAGUUACAUGUUACAAUUAUAGGAAUAUUCUCACUCAUGGAUUACUCAAUUUUACAUCCAACGGAGAGCACUUUGAAACUCAAUCAGAGUCAUUGUAUACCUACUUUGCUAUCUAACAGAACGGGCAAAUUCCGCCCAGGAUAUCUUAUGUGCCAUUAGCCGAAAGAAAACAUCUUACAGCUUCCGUGUCACGCUGAAGGGUUAAAGUAUAGCCUAUGCCAGGCUCGUGCCCGUUUUUGAAACUGUUUUCACGAUUUCCCGAUUUCUGCACAUUACCAGCCUGGGACAUGGUAGUUAGAGUAGAAAUGAAGACAUAAGUGUUUGUUUUGAAGAUUCAAGCCUGCAUAAAAAAAAAUUAAAUAAUUUCCUGCCUUAAAGGAAAAAGUAUUAGGUGUUAGGAAAAGCAAUCAUGCUGAACACUGACAGGAUGAUUUUAUAUUUCUUCACAGGGAAAGAGACUACUAGGGGUAACAUGUUCCACAAAUUCUGCAGAAGAGUAUAAUCUUUUUUCGAUACUAGAUGGCAGUGUGAGACGAUACAGUUGCAUUUGUAAAGGAACGUCCACACUUUUCCCAAUUCGUUCGGGAGAGCAAAUGACCUGCUAUAUGAACUACUGGGAAUGCCCUUUAACAACUUAA